UUUUAACCCCAACUUAAAACUUAAUUAUAGUAAUAAUUAUUCUACAAAUAAAAUUAAUCUUAUGCAAUCGUCGAAUUCUGAAAAUCAUAGCCGCAAGACGUGUAAUUUUUGCUUUUCGUCAAGUCAUCGCAUUCAUAACUGUCCGGAGUUAUUAAAAAUUCAACCUUCUGAACGCAAAAAUGCUAUUUAUAAUUUGAACCUUUGUGUCAAUUGUUUACAUAAUCAUGGAACUAGAAAAUGCCUUUCCGAGUUAAAAUGUAGAGAAUGCAAUAAGGCGCAUAAUACCAUACUUCACGAAUCAUACAACUCAGCGAAUACUACGCCGGACGCCGGAUCGGGGCCAAAGUAUACAGCCACGAUUACGAAAUUGCCUGAUCAAGACUUGAAGUCAUCGGACAAUAACCCUGCAGAAAUAUUACUUGCCACAGCAAUUAUUAAAGUACAAGCAGCUGAUGGAUCUUAUCAUAAAAUGAGAGUCCUUUUGGAUCAAGGAUCCCAAACCUCAAUCAUUACCGAAGGGGCUGCUCAGAUCUUAAAAUUACCCCGUAAAAAAUGCAGCGGCUAUAUUUCAGGAGUCGGGAACAAUGAGAAUAUUUGUAAAGGCAUGAUCUCUAUUAAGUGCAUGUCACUUAUAAAUGAUUUUACCUUUGAAACCGACGUGUUUAUUAUGAAGCGCUUGGUAAACAACUUGCCGAGUUCUACAUUUACUAAGCCCGACUGGUCGACCCUUAAUCAAAUAACCCUAGCUGAUCCCGAAUUUUAUAAAAGUCGGCCGGUCGAUAUCCUAUUUGGCGCUGAUGUCUACUCUCUUUUACUAUUAGAUGGCAUCUGCCGACCCCAAGGUACCCUACCUAUGGCUCAGCAAACGCAGCUGGGCUGGAUCUUGAGCGGUAGCUGCAAAACCUUUCAAUGCAACGUCAUCCUAAAUAAUAUCUCCGAGAUCCAUCGUCCAUCCAUCCAAAUCGAGGAUAUUCAAGACCUUUCAUCGAUAUCUGAAGAACACCAAAAAUGCAUCAACGAUAUCAAAUCUUCAACCUCAGGGCGCGAGGAUGGCAGCUACGUAGUAAAAUUACCCUUAAAAGAUAAUUUCCAGGAAAACUUAGGUGAAUCGAAAACAAAGGCUAUAGCGCAAUUCUUUCAAAUUGAAAAUAAAUUAAUUAGAAAACCUGACCUAGCUCAUGAUUAUAAAUUGUUUAUGUCUGAGUAUAUUGAACUCGGACAUACGACCCCCGUCGCGGCUGACGCUGACAUAACUCCAGGCUGCUACCUAUCACACCAUUGUGUACUUCACGAUGACUCACAAAGCACAAAACUUAGAGUAGUUUUUAAUGCACUAGCUGCUACAACACCUGGACUAUGCCUCAAAGAUCUCAUGCAUAGAGGGCCGAAUAUCCAACAAGAUCUCCUUAGCCUUAUCCUAAAAUGGCGGCAAUUUAAUUAUGCUCUAACCAGCGAUGUUGAGAAGACGUUUCGUAAUAUACGGCCAUAUCUCGAUCAUCAGAACCUUCAGAAAGUUAUAUUAUGGAGAAGUCAUCGAUCUCAACCUCUACAGGAAUACCAACUAGCGACUCUAGCCUACGGGACUAAGGCGGCACCUUUUCUCGCUGUGAUGACCCAUAAACAACUCUCUUCGGAUGAACAGCCUAAUUACCCCGCUGGCUGCGCAAGCCGUAGUUUAGCAGCAGCUCAAUUAGCUGAACAUUCUCUUUUGUGGGAAGGACCCAGCUGGAUACCUUCCUUCGAUCCCGAAAAUUAUCCUGUCGUUGUAUCCUAUGACACGACGAAAGAUCUCAGAAAAAAGGAGUUAGUAAACAUCGCCACUACAAACUUCAAUACUUCUAUAAUUAAACAAUUAUUAAAUAAAUUUAGUAAUCUGAGAACAGUUAUACGAGUUAUAGCCUACGGUUACAAGUUCAUUGACAUAUAUUUACACCGAAAGAAUAACGUAACUUACCUUACAUCGCAAGAUCUCAAGUGCGCAACAAAUAUGUUAAUAAAACAAGUGCAACAGUACUCCUGUUGCUCUUCUAAGGAAACCUCACAUCUUCAGAACGGCGAAUCUCUAAAAUACAAUAAAGGCCAGAUCUCAAAUCUUAAUCCUAUUUUUGACGCCGACGGAAUAUUACGUGUCAGUGGACGGCUGAAACAUUCGCAUUUGAAUCCUGAUAUUAAACAUCCCAUCAUCAUCCCACAUCAGUCAAAACUCGAAGAUCUCAUUAUAGAUGGCAAAAGAGCUACCAAGAAGCGGCUGAAAAUGUGCGUCAAGUGUCGUAAAAACGAACCCAUACUGAAAAAUCAGCUGAUGGGAGACUUACCUCCAUCCCGAAUAAAUCCCAGUCGACCGGACAAGGAACUAAAAGAGGAAAAAUCAAGUAAAAAGAAGUCUAAUCGUAUAUCAUUUUCUAAAAUAGCUUUAUCUCUAACACUAUUUUUGAUGUCCUUAACAACCUCAGCUCAAGCAUCCUAUAAUUUUACCCCAGUCAAUAAUAGCAUUUAUUUUGACAAAAUCUCUAAUAUGCAUAUAAUUCGAGACGACUGGCGACUAAUUGUCUAUUAUGAUAUUUAUCCCUAUAAAGAAGGUAUGUCGGCACUUCAAAAAUACAUUAAUUACCUCGAGACAAUAUGUAUAGAAAUAAAGCAUAAGACACCGUGCGAAGAUAUCACAUUACAACUCGGGCACGAGCUCGAAGAAUUAAAACAUUAUAAUAAUAUUAUUAUGAUGAAUGAAUCAUUUGUAAUUGGAAACGCGCAUAAGCGCCGGCGCCGAGGCUUAAUAGACGGAGUAGGCUACGUUGCAAAUAGCUUGUUCGGUGUACUUGACCAGCGGUUUGCUGACAAAUAUGAAAAGGACAUCGAUCUUAUGAGAAAAAAUGACAAACAUUUGUUUGAUCUCUGGAAAAAUCAAACCUCAGUGGUGGAAGCUGAAUUUAAUCUCAUGAAAAGAAUGGAGAGUACUAUGAGAGCACAUCACAAAUCUAUUAAUCAGAAGAUAAAUGAAGUCAGAAUGGCUUAUGUAAAUCUACAGCUCUACGUUCAAAAUAUGAGUUUUGUUACAGACUUUUUGACGUCCUCAAUAACUGCUACAAAUCUUAUGUUUAGUCUUAGAAAAAUACAGGACUCGAUUUUGGACACGGUGACAAAUAUUUAUAAUGGGAAACUGGACUUUCACUUAAUCUCUCCGAGCCAGCUUAGAAACGAACUAAGUGUAAUUUCAGCGCAAAUUCCUAAGGAUUUGGCGAUCCCUGUCGAUAAUCUCCAUCUCAAAGAUCUCUAUAAUUUAUUACAAGUGAGAGCCAAGUAUAGCUCAAAAUAUCUCAUCAUAGAAAUUCGUAUUCCCCUAAUAGAAAGAGACGUCUAUGAACUUUUUAAUCUCAUUCCAGUCCCGAGAUCUCUAAACAACGUCAUGAUAAAUGUACAAAUUAUAUCCGAGUUUGCCGCUAUUAAUUUGAAAAAGGAUUCAUAUGUAACAAUCUCCGAGAACGAUCUUCAAUCCUGCAUACGGCGAAAUCCAGAAAUGAUCCUAUGCCAUAUCAGAAAUCCUAUUUAUCACCUAAAGGAUGAUCACAACCUCUGCGAGACCAUCCCUAAUACAAGAACAUGUAAAACUGUGAGAAAUCAUUGUAAAAAUGUUUGGAAGGAAUUAAAAUCAAUCAACAGAUAUUUUUAUUUUUGCUGCAACGAAUGCAAUCUUAAAAUUCUUUGUGAAGGCCAAGGUGCGGCAACAAAAUUAACGAACGCAGGUCUUUUGAACAUUGGGGAAGACUGCAUGAUAAAAACAGAAGACUUUUUGAUCAAUCCUACCAAACUUUUAUCUAGCACUAUGAUGACUGGCGCCAGGAUAGACGCGCCCGAAAUACCUUCCAUAAAUCAUAUGUUGAAUAUUUCUCUUACCGAUUUGCCCGCUGAGAUUGAUCCCAAUAAUAAUUCUGAAAUCUUAAGACAGUUCGACUCUGUUGAGAAAAGUAUUGAUGCUCUAAAGAAGAGUGAACCGUAUUUGCUGCUGUAGUGCUGUACUGGAGACGGCGGCAGAGGCUUCAGCGUCAGGAGUCUUCGAGACCUCUAGAGGCGCAGCCGGCUAGAGCGUCUUCCUCCACGCCCCCCGAAGGAACUGAGUUAAGUGAGUGUUGUGUGGUUAGGGAAAAUGGGCAAUCAUUAGCUAAAAUGAAAAGUGUAAGUGUGAGUGAUCUUAGCGUUAAGGGCAAAUCUGUGACAAAUGAUCUUAAAGUAAAAUCUUGUGAGUGCUUGCAUAAACAGGACAGGGGUUCGUCUCCGAUCUUUCGUGUUUUCUCACUUAGAGACCUUAAUUCAACUAGUUGUGUAUAAUUUUAAAACCUACUUCUUUGUACAACUUGUUAUACUAACCCUAGUUUAUUAAUUAGUUAUAAGCAAAAUUGUUUAUCAUCUUGUAACCUCAUCUUUCAUUAUCUUAGACCUCUACUAACCCCUUUUUUCUCCCCCGGGAGCAUGUACGGGUCAACGCCCGUACAGCGUGUGUUGCCUUAUUACCUACUAUGCAACUUAGAUAAUAAUGCAACUCUGCAUCUUUGAUUAAUUAUUACUUUUGAAUAAUGUAAUAAAGUUUAGUUCAC